AAAGUUAGACUUCCGGUGAAACUCUCAACGGGUGAGCACGUUGCAUCGUGUUAGUCCGGGGAAAAUUCGAGUAUUUCGCAAGAAAGAAAGGAUUUUCAGCCGUACUUUGACGAUUCGACGCAGCCACACAGCGAGAUUUUCGCUUGUAGUCAAGUGAAAAGAAAGUCCACUGGACUAUAAACGAAAAUUAACUGGCAAUAUAGCCUUAGUUGCUGUGCCAUCAAUUCGGCGUCAUCUCAAGUGAGGUGACGCCAACCAGAAAGGAAGAAGAAAGAAGUUAAGAAAGUUCGCUCUAGUGUUUUAGAAUUUAUCAGCACUUCUGCUAUAAAUUUCGAAAUUUAUAAAGGGACAAAAUGAAUCUAAAUUUUUUACUCACGGAGAUUUCGCUGCAAUUGUUGGACAAUCAAUUUUUCGACAUGCAUGGCCAGGAAACGGAUAACAUGAAAGAGUUGUUUGCAGUUCAGAAUAUGGUCGCACAAAAAAAUGGUCAGAAACGAUCGCAGAUUAAUGACAAUUUGUUGCCUCUUUUGGGUAUAAGCAGUUUCGACGAUAUUCUCCAAAAUUGCGAUCAGUACGUGGAUAAUCAGUAUCAAGGUUUUGUAGAAACUCUACAAUCCCGGAUUGAUACAAUGCCUGCGUCCGAACAGCCAGCACCGGAAUUGUGUGAAGGAGCGCGAGCACGGAUACAUAGUGAGCUCUGCGAGGUACGCAUAAAAACUCAAAGAGAAUACGCAAAAAUGGUGAACCAUUCCAAAAAAAUGAUGGACAUUUAUCUGAAUACAUUACCCCAGAAUUCUGAUCAGGAUUGGGAGUCGACGAAAUACAUAGAAGAAGAGCGAAACCUGCUAGUGAACGAGUUCAAUGGCUUGCUGUACUUUCUGAAACGAGUCUUAGCGGACGUGAAAAGUCGUGAGGAAUGCGAGCAAGUGUUGGAGAUUAUCGAGGGAACCAAGGAAACAUUGAAGCAUCUCUAAUAAGGCGGGGUAAUAAUAGGGAACGCCUCUGAUUGUCAAACAUAUGGCUGAAAAACGUUUUCUUUUCUUUCGCAAAGAAGGCUGCUUAGAUUUAAGAACUAAUACAUAAGAUACGAUAUAUCUGGUUCAAUAUUAUUUCAAUAAACAUAAAUAU